AUGGAAAUAAACUAAGAAAAUCAACAGGCUUAGAAAGUAUAGCAAGAAAGUUAAUACCAUAAUUAACUAUUUGGGGAUUAAGAUACUUAGAAAGCUGAAGUAACAGAUACUUAUGAUGAAGAUAUAAGUCAGCUUAUUAAGUAUAGAAAGUAUAAGAUAUGCUAAGAUAAUAGGAAAAGAUUGACUAAUGCACUUUUGAAAAACCACCGCCAUCAAAAUUUAGAAAAGCUAACCAUUAGCAGUAAGUAGUUCUUGGACCUCUAUUUUAGUACAACAGAAAUGGAAGACAUAUCUUUACAUGAUUUAGUUAGAUUUAAAGACCUCUUAUUAUUAGUUUAUGAUCAUUAAGAAGAUAUGUUCUACUAUUAGUAUUUUGAAGAAAAACUCAAAGAAGGUACCCAGUUUGUAACUCAAGUAAUAUAGCAUGUAAAGAAAAUAAUUUGUCUUGACACAAAACAAAUUAUUUAGAAAUCUGAUAUCCUGCUCGUUUUAAUUGAAAUUUUGUCUGAUAUUACUUAAUUCAUUCCAGAAAAAGAGAUCUUUGUCGAUUAGGAAAUUAUUUAGCAAGACAUUUUGGAAAAAUUAUUGAAUUUAAGUCUAAAUGAAUCAGAUAUUUCAAAUAAAAUUAGGACAAAUACUAUGCUUUUAAUAGCCUCUCUUUGUGAGCUUUCUCAAAAAAUAGCUGAAGUUUUAUUAAAAAGCGGAUUGCUAAACUCUAUUUAGACUUUUGCAUAGAAAAAGGAAUUCGAUAUAGGUUUUAUGAUCAAUUUUACCUAGCUCUUUCAAUCAAUUCUAAAGUGGAACUUCAUAUAAAAAGAGCACAAACAACAACUUUUGUUUUUUAUAGAAUAUAUUUUGUGGAUACUAUUUGAGGGGCUUGACAAAAUUAGUUUUGAACCCAUUCAGUUUAUUUAAGUAAGCAAGAAUAUAUGCUAAUCAUUUAAUACUUUAAGAGAAAUGGGUGAUUAUUAAGGCAUGGUUAUGAGCUAGAAUUUAAUCAGUAAAAUACUCGUUAUUAUAUCAAAAAAUUUUAAUGAGGAAAACAAGCAGUUUGUUGAGACGUAUAACCAUAAAGUAAAGUGCUUUUAUAAGUUGUUAUUAUAAAUAGCAAAGGAAAUGAAUAAAAAUAGUAAAAACUUUGAUGAUUUAUUUUAAUGGAUAGAAAAAGAAUAGAAUUUAAGAGUUCUUACUUAAAUAAUUCAUAAUAAUGUCUUUUUGCAUUUAAAAACUACCAAGCUUAGUUUGAGGGUAGCAUAAUAUUUAGUUGAAAUAUCUCCUGUUAUUUUAGACUCUUUGUUCACAAAUUUAUUUAUAAGUAAAUUGGUAAAUAUGCUUGAUAGCUAGCCUUCUUAUGUGGAAUUAAUUUUAUCCUUGUUAUAGUUCUUAAUUCUUAUGGGAGAUUAAAACUAGCUAAAAUAUUUGAUUGAAAGUACUAGUAUCUUGGAAAGUACACUCAAUUUGCUUAUUUUAGAUUCAACUACAAUAGAAGCCAAGCUGAAAAUAUCUGAACUUAUGCAAAUGUUUCUCAAAUAUGGAGAGCAAAAUUUAAAAACAGAUAUAAAGGAUUAGAAAGAAAUUAAUUUAAUUUAACUUCGUUUUGAAAGGCUAAAUGCAGUUUAAGUUAUUUAAAAAGAGAUUAUGGUUCAAUAAAACUCAGAAUUAGUUCUAUUUCUGUAAUCGAUCAUCGAAACAUAUUUUAAUUGA